AUGCCAAAAGGACUGUUAUUACCUGGAAACCUAGAGGCGAUUAAAGAUGAGAUGAAAGUUGUGAAAGUUGUCAAGGCUGGCGGAGAGAAGUCAGUCAACCGGCGUUAUGCGCCUGCGUUCGAGCCGCAGAACUGGAAUGAUGGAGGGAUUACACAAUUUUGCAACAACUGCUAUAAUUAUGCAACCACUUUGGUAACGAAUGACUUCGCAGAGCCUGGGCGUGGAGGAGGACAGGUCUAUACAAAACACACAGAAAACAAUUUGAAAGCUGCAGCCGUAAGAGAUGGUUUGAAGGUGGAAGUGUUCAAUGAAAUUCCAACAGGGAAUGAGCACUUGGUGGCACUAGCAGUUGACGAGGGUUGGUAG